AUGGGCCGCGGGGCAGCCCCGCUCCGCCGCCUGCUGCUGUCGCUUCUCCUCCUGCCCGCCCCGGGGCCGGGCGGCCGGGGGGCCGCGCUGUCCGCCCGGGAACUGGAGCCGGCGGAGGAGCCGGCGGAGUACCGCGACCCCUGCAAAGCCGCUGCCUUUUGGGGAGAUAUCGCUUUAGAUGAAGAUGAUUUGAAGCUGUUUCAAAUAGACAGAACUGUUGACUUAACAAAGCACUCAGAUGGCAACGCAAGACACACUUCAGGAGGCCUUGGAGAACAGUCUGUUGCGCCAAGCGAGAAUGCCACUUCAACUGAUAGUAACAAAGCAGUUAAAAAGGACGGCAGGCAGAACACAACACUUGUGAGGAGACCGAAGAAGGAAGAAUAUAAAGAUGAGUCAGGGAUGGAUACACAACCCUCUCCCAGAGUGCGCAGGGCAACCACAUCCAGGGCUGAGAGGAUUUGGCCAGGGGGAGUCAUCCCCUACGUGAUCGGAGGAAAUUUCACAGGAACCCAAAGAGCUAUCUUUAAGCAAGCUAUGAGACACUGGGAGAAGCACACUUGUGUGACAUUUGUGGAGAGAACAGAUGAAGAGAGUUUCAUUGUGUUCACAUACAGAACAUGUGGAUGCUGCUCAUAUGUGGGCCGCCGAGGUGGGGGCCCUCAGGCCAUAUCCAUUGGAAAGAACUGUGACAAAUUUGGGAUUGUGGCUCAUGAGCUGGGUCAUGUGGUAGGUUUCUGGCAUGAGCACACACGGCCUGACAGAGACCAGCAUGUCACAAUCAUCAGGGAGAACAUACAGCAAGGUCAGGAGUACAACUUUUUAAAGAUGGAAGCUGGGGAAGUGAACUCGCUGGGAGAGACCUACGACUUUGACAGCAUCAUGCACUAUGCUAGGAACACGUUCUCCAGAGGGGUUUUCCUCGACACCAUCCUUCCCCGUCGUGAUGAUAAUGGGGUCCGGCCAACUAUUGGUCAGCGUAUUCGCCUGAGUCAGGGAGACAUUGCUCAGGCGAGGAAGUUGUACAAGUGCCCAGCUUGUGGAGAGACGUUGCAGGAUACAACAGGGAAUUUCUCAGCCCCUGGCUUUCCAAAUGGCUACCCCUCCUAUUCCCACUGUGUCUGGAGAAUCUCGGUGACCCCGGGAGAGAAAAUUAUGUUGAAUUUCACAUCAAUGGAUUUAUUUAAAAGUCGCCUUUGCUGGUAUGAUUAUGUGGAGGUGCGUGAUGGCUACUGGAGGAAGGCUCCGUUACUGGGUAGAUUUUGUGGCGACAAGAUCCCUGAACCAGUAAUCUCCACGGACAGCAGGCUGUGGAUCGAGUUCCGGAGCAGCAGUAACAUCCUGGGCAAAGGCUUCUUUGUGGUCUAUGAAGCUAUUUGUGGUGGAGAAAUUCACAAAGAUGCUGGCCAGAUACAAUCUCCUAAUUACCCAGAUGACUACAGACCUUCCAAAGAGUGCAUCUGGAAGAUCACAGUUUCUGAGGGCUUUCACAUAGGAAUCACGUUCCAAGCCUUUGAGAUUGAAUGGCAUGACACAUGUUCCUAUGACUACCUGGAGAUCCGAGAUGGCCUCACUGAAUACAGCCCAUUGAUCGGUCAAUUCUGUGGCUACGAGAAGCCAGGAGAUAUCAAGUCCAGCUCAAAUAAAGUAUGGAUGAAGUUUACAUCUGAUGCAACCAUCAAUAAAGCAGGCUUUGCAGCAAAUUUCCUGACAGAGAUGGAUGAAUGUUCUCUGCCGGAUAACGGUGGGUGUGAGCAGCACUGUGAGAACACACUGGGCAGCUACAAAUGCACCUGUGAGCCUGGCUAUGAGUUGACAGCUGAUAAAAAGAGCUGUGAAGCUGCCUGUGGGGGCUUCAUCACCAAGCUCAACGGGACCAUUACUAGCCCUGGAUGGCCCAAGGAAUAUCCUACUAACAAAAACUGCGUCUGGCAGGUGGUAGCUCCAGCUCAAUACCGGAUCUCUCUGCAGUUCGAAGUUGAUCUGGAAGGCAAUGACGUGUGUAAAUAUGACUAUGUCGAGGUUCGUAGUGGGUUGGCUUCUGACUCCAAGCUGCAUGGCAAAUUCUGUGGCUCAGAGAAGCCCGAAGUAAUCACAUCAUAUGGCAACAACGUGAGACUGGAAUUCAAAUCAGACAACACAGUAUCCAAGAAAGGAUUCAAAGUCCACUUCUUCUCUGACAAGGACGAAUGCUCCAAAGACAAUGGUGGUUGCCAGCAUGAAUGUAUCAACACUUUUGGAAGCUAUGUAUGCCAGUGCAGAAAUGGCUUUAUGCUGCAUGAAAAUGGCCAUGAUUGUAAAGAAGCUGGUUGUGAGCAUAAGCUCAGCAGUGCAGAGGGAAUGAUGAGCAGUCCAAACUGGCCUGACAAGUACCCAAGCCGGAAGGAGUGCACCUGGAAUAUCUCUGCAACAUCUGGCCACCGAGUGAAAGUAACCUUCAAUGAGUUUGAGAUUGAACAGCACCAAGAAUGCGCCUAUGACCACUUGGAAAUGUAUGAUGGGCCCAACAGCAAGUCACCUAUCCUUGGUCGCUUCUGUGGCAGCAAGAAACCAGACCCUGUGGUAGCUUCUACCAACAAGAUGUUCCUUAGGUUUUACUCUGAUGCUUCUGUGCAAAGAAAAGGUUUCCAGGCAAAACACAGCACAGGUAAGUGUGGUGGACUCUUAAAGGCUGAAGUACAAACUAAGGAGCUGUAUUCCCAUGCUCAGUUUGGGGACAACAACUAUCCAGGUCAAGCCAACUGUGACUGGGUGAUUGUAGCUGAAGAUGGUUAUGGGGUGGAGCUGAUAUUCCAGACAUUUGAGAUCGAGGAAGAAGCUGACUGUGGGUACGACUACAUGGAGAUCUACGAUGGUUAUGACAGCACUGCACCCCGCCUGGGACGCUUCUGUGGUUCAGGGCCUCUGGAAGAAAUCUACUCUGCAGGGGAUUCCAUCAUGAUUCGAUUUCACACAGAUGACACCAUUAACAAGAAAGGCUUUCACGCCCGAUACAUAAGUACCAAAUUUCAGGAUGCACUGCAUAUGAGAAAGUAAUUUGACUGCUCCUUACAGACAUUCCCCAUCUGAAGACUGAGACAUUUAACUGUGAUCUUUCUUUUUUUUAAGCUUCUGUGCACCUGGCCUAAAGCAGUGUACAGCAUUUUCUGUAACUAAAACUAAAUCUAGUCACAAAGGUUUGCCUCUGAAAUCAUUAGCUUGACCCUCUCAUGUUAACAUACCCAGGACCAAAAAUUGUCUUCUAAUCAUACCUGUCAGGCAUAAUCAUUGUGUUUUGCACAGCUUCCAUGGGGUUGAGUGAAGACUGAGCUUGAGUUGAGAGAAGUCUUGGUCUCUUGCAUAUCCUGUCUCUAGGUGACGUUUCCUAAGCAUCCUGUACAUGAGCUGUCUGAAUGCAUUUUCUGGAGCAGAUGGUGUGGACAGCCACCCGGUAGGAUUUUCUCAAAGGACCUUGGGGACUACCCCUCUCCCCUACAAAAUACUCUGUGCAAUAAGUGAACAACCAGAUGGCCGGGACUCCAAAUUCCAUGGCUCCUUCUAUCCCAUCUAUUUAUUGUCUUGGUUAUCGUGGCUUGAAAGGUAGGAAAGGGUACGGGGAGAGUCUCUUUAGGGCUGCUAGCUACUUAGACCACAAUGAACAAGAAGUGCCCAGUGCCUGAUCUGCAGUAAUUGUCACAGUAUGUGUUGAAUGGAAGUACUUCAAUGCAGUGGCCAAAGGAAAGGCUGUGGCUGACAGGGAAGUGCUUCGGUAGGAGGCAGGGCAUGAAUGUGUGAUGGUGGCAAGGCUUAGAAACUGGAAUACUGGCAGCCUGUUCCCAUUACACUGCGAGGCAAGACAGGUCAGAGGGCUGUGGCAGCAGUCCAGGCCUUAUCUUAAAUAAGAAGUCUCUCCUCACUCCACCCAUGUUUGCUUUCUCAGUCUUCUUUAUGCUGCUUCCAUUCCACGCUCCUGUUGUUCCUUAGUACCCCUUUUUUGUGAGCCCUUCCUUUUCAUAGCUGUCUGAGCUGCUCUCCCCAGAGCUCCCCACAGCUACCUAGGGGUGCUCUGCGACAUCAGCUAGCCAGAGCAUCUCACAGGAGGACACAUCGAGUCAGAAUUGGACAGAAUAUCUUAGCAUAGCGUCACUGGUUGUUCCUGAGGCAGAGGAACACAGGCCGUGCUGCAGGUCAGUUCUGGUGAACUCUGGGAACCUGUCAAAUAUGUGCAUGCUGCAGGCACAGGAUGAGGAAUGGAAGAGCUCUGCUGAUUUCUGCUGCUUCUCCAUUCUUUGCUAGCCCAUGACCCGGUCUAUUAGUUUCAUAGCAGUCCUAUAGCCCGGGCAUGCGUGCGAGAUGAUGAAUAAGCACUUUGAGCUAUAAGUCUGAGAUGUGCUCUGUGUUGCAGUUAAUUAUAUACGUGGAAGCUACUGCACCAUGGACUUGCAUAAUUAACAGAUAGCUUGGCACUUCUUUGGGAAAAAGUAGGGAAAAAUGCGCUUUGUGGGGAAGCACCGUAAUUGAACUGUUAUGGAGAAGAAGAAAGAUUUUAUUCUGAAUGUUUCAUUAAGGCACUCAUGGGCAAUUAUGAGCUAAGAGCUGAGGUAUGUUAGCUUUAAUGAAAGUAUUUAUAAUCCAAGGAUUACUAUGUUUACAUAACCAAUGUACUGUCAGGCUCUGGGGUGACACCUUCUGCUUGGGUGUAUGACUGUGAAGUGGGGGGCCAGCGCCACUGUCAGGCACAAAUGACAUUUCUGGAGAUGAGGCCAUUUCCAGAUGGAUAAUAAAAUUGACCCAGCCCUCUCCAGAAGUCCUUGAACAGAAUAUGGUCCAAGUAUUGUGAAUACUAUGGGAAGCAAAUGCAUGAAAAUAUUUUCUUGCUUAGAACAAGAAAAAUAAAAUAAUUUAUACACACACACAAUUAUAUGUAUAUAAAAUGUGCAUGUAGAAGACCAGUAGUCAAAGCCUUAAUUGUCAUGUGAACAAUACUGAACCAUUGACUAUAGCUUUACUGCAUAAAACCAUGUUAUUUCUGUUUGUUUUUCUAGCUCUAUUUUGUUUCUGUUUUUCAGUUUUUGUGGCCUUUUACAGGCAAGGCCUUUUGUCUCAAGCUGUUUGUCCAUACAGGUCUGGGAAAGUGAGGUCUGCUAGCUGGGGUCUCUUCCUUGCCCCCAUUCAAGCAAAAGUGCAGUGACUCAGGUCUGGAAAUAAAUGCCUGAUGCCAGUCCCUGUGAAGCAGAAGGAAAGUUUCGAGUGGCAAGCAGCAGUUCAGAUUUCCUGGCUCUCUAAUGGGAGUAAUGACUCUGGAGAGAAGUUACUGUCUGCAGUUUGUUUUUUAACAGGAAGAGAAACUUAUCUUAAAAGGAGUGCUAACCUGGAGUCGGACGGUCAGCUGUUACCGCGUGCAGGGAUUUCUCGGGGAGGAGAGCGAAAUGGCUUUCAUUUAAUCUGCAUAUGCACAGUCCUGGAAAUAAUCAUGAAGUCCAUUAAGUCUUUAACCGAGAAGAAGGAAAUAAAAUAAAUUUACAGCUUCAGAGCAGAGAGAGAGAUAAAUAUCCAAGCUCAAACAUUAACAGGUCAGCUGUUCAGAAAGACAACAACAUUUUCCAAACCCUUUUACAGCACAACAGUAAGUACGCUGCAUAGGAUGAAGAUCUACUGCCUACUCAGCAUUGUGGUAUAUAUAGGAGCUGGGGGAUACAGUUCUGGAAGAGAAGGAGGUACUCUUAUGGGGUGGGCGGCUGCUGGGGAUCUUCUCUGACAUACUGUCCUAACGCCGCUGACAUUACAUUGUAGCAAUAAGGACAGGUGAGAUGCUUACAGAACCCAGAUUCCUGUAUUUGUGCUUGUUUUCUCAUUUAUUUAGAAUGAACAAAUCCAGCGUGCAGUGAGUUUGCAGUAUUUUACUGCGUGAGCUGUCAACUGUAGGCGGUGGGUCAGUCUGGGCAAGAGAAUAACAAGCGAUGCACUUGCCACCAUCACUACGUGACAGGCUUUCUUGUUGUGGGGCCUCAACUGCCUUUGGAGCUGGGUGGGACAUUUUUCAAUGGCUAGAAAAAUCCAGAGGGUUUUGUUUCGGGGUAUGUCCAGUUUUCAGGGCCCUGCACUACACGCAUUGCUUCUGUGAGCCCAGGCAGGGUGUGCAGCACCCUCCACUGAUUGAUGCUCAAGGGAAGGCCAAGCAGGCAGAUGAUGUGGCAAGGACAGAGAGCAGCCUGUUGCAAAAGCACAUCAUUUCUUGGGGCUUCCUGCUCCCCUUUUUGCUGCUUUCUCUUCUGAAUCCAGCUUUCUCUGGUAUAUAUUUGUGCUUGUUUCCUGUGUAUGCUUUUUUUCCAGCCGUAAUCCCCUUUCUGAGGAAGAACAUGUAUUCCUUCCAGUCAGAGCUAUUGUUGGAAGGGCCAAGGUCCGGGUUCUUGCUUAUGACUGGCAAGCACAGGCCACAACCUCAGGGUGCAGCCGAGUUCUCCAUGUGUAACCUACCAUGUGCUGUUGUUGAAGUCUUGCAACUGCUUGCUUAGCCUCUGUCCAUGUUUGCUUUAUAUGAAAUAUAUUUUGAAAUGUUCUUAAACCGUCGUAUUUCUAGACUUCUGAAACAGCAACAGGAAGCACAACUGUCCAAGCAGAUUGUUAUGGGUACAAGCCCUGGGUGAUUGGAGUAGCCGCAGGGAUACCCAGCUUCCUGGCCUUGGUCCUUGCAGUCAUCUUGGCAGUGGUCUGUGUUCUCCAGUGGUCAAACUUCAGCUGGAAGCAGACAAGUGGGUGUCCUGAGAUACAGGAAGAACAUGAAUAUGAGCGAUCCCCUCCCAGACCUCCAGAUGACUUUUAUCUGACCAUGAUGGAGGAGACAACAAACGUCUACGUAAAUGAAGAUCAAGAAAAACACUUCAGACCAGACAUCCAAGCACAGGCAAAGCCCCCAAGGAUGAAUAAGCCCAGAAGAGACCCACCUGUGAUGGAAUACAUUUAUGAAAAUCAUCCUCCCUUUCACUGAGAGAAAAGCACCAAAUAGUGGCUGGAACCAGAAA